AUGGAGAAUUUCCACGAUCUAAUUCGGAAUCAAGCACUGUUGUCGUCAGCGUUAAUUCAAAGGUCUGCCACCGCGAAGACAACGGCGUCUCCGACGGCGACAGAAAAGCGGUACCGGUGCAUGACCUGUGGACAGAGCUUCUCUCGCGCUGAGCAUUUGAAGCGGCAUCAGACGCGGCAUACGGGGGCGAAACCAUUCUCAUGCGUUUUCUGCAGCCGGAAUUUUUCUCGAAAAGAUCGCUUGCAAACGCAUUAUAACCACUGCCAGCGACGAGGGGAGCGAGAACCCCCCAAUUCCAUCCCCAAAGGAAGACGACCACAUGCUUGUGUGACGUGCAUUUCCUCCAAGAUUCGCUGCGAUGGAAGCAACCCAUGUUCACAAUGCAAGAAGAAAAAAGUCCCCUGUCGUCAAAAACACUCGGUGCAACAUGAAUCAAACGGUUCGAACCAUUCCGGCGUCUCCCUAUCUCUGAAAAACUUGAACACCGUCGAAGACCGGGUCUCAAUCAAAGCCCUCUUGAACGGUGGUACGGAUACAUUCACCGAGGCCUUCAACCUGCCUCCCUGCGACGAUCGGGUUCGCAGCCUUCAAUUCCACCAGCAAAACGAAGAAGAGCCCGAGGAAGCCACCGAUCUUGCCAGCAAUGUCAAAUCUGUGGAUGCCAGCCCCUCGUCCAUCGACGUUGAUUACUCAAGCAUGAUCGAGUCGCCUUUGGACCAUAUGGACGAUCAAUACCUGGACUUCUGGACGGGUCCGUUCGCAUUCAUCCCGUCGCCAGGAUACUCGGACCUACAACUCGAACUCUAUGACGCAACCAAAGUCAUGUCUGGCGGUGACGUGCUCGUCCACGGGCCGACACCAUCUUCAGACUCCACGCAGACCCAGACACACACGGCGACGAGCCACGACCAAGUGGCGUCGACACCGGCCUACGUCUCCAGCGUCAACAUGGCCCUCUACAAUAAACUCUGGUGCCUUGCCCUCGACAGCAAAGCGCGACAAGAAUUGACCACGUGCCUGAACUUCCUCUUGACGACGGACAAAAUCUCCAAAUUCAUCUCCCUGUACUUCCGCAACUGGCACCUGAAUUCCCCAUUGAUACACAAGCCGUCAUUCGACCCGUCCAAAGCGCCGCUGAACCUUGUGAUUGCCGUCGUCUUCGUCGGCGCCAUGUACUCGCGCGACCAAAAUGAGAGGUUGGCCGCAAAGAAACUCGUCGAUCUCGCGGAACUGGUUGUUUUUGACUCGGAUAUCUUUGCGCUCGAGAUGGAAAUCACUCACGCCAUGACGAACCACAUGCACGGUGCAGAAACUGCUGACUCGACAGAUCGCGGUUGGGAAAAGUUUCAAGAACUGCAAGCCGGAUUCUUGAUCGUUGUCGCGCAAUAUUGGGCGGGAUCGAAGAUUCAAAAACGUCGCGCGACGGAAUGCCGCUUUGGAGAUGUCAUUAAAGUCGUACGCAAACUCCAAGUCCACCGCUCUCGCCACCAACCUUCCGACCGUAUCUCAGAAACUGCCUGGCUUCAGAAAGAGUCUCGGAUCCGGACCCUCGCCGUAAUCGCCCUCCUCGACUGCGCCAUGCGCAUCUACUCGAAUUACCCAUGCCGAUUGACACUGGCUGAACUGGACACCGACUUACCCUGCAAAGAAGCUAUCUUCAGCUCCCGCCACCCAUUCAUGCAAGAUGAAUCGAUCUUCGCUCCCCGCCUGACGAUCUCCCAGGCUUUUGCCAUGUUAUUCGAGGGCAAAGCGCCCACAGCCGCUUCCAACACCUCCUCAUCCCUGUCAUUGUCGUCCGCAUUGGUUCGAGUGGGAGUCGAUGCCGCAGAAGAUCCUUCACACGAACCGACAACGACCAUGGCUGAAGAUUUGAACUGCGACAUGACAGUCUUUGAUUUAUUCAUCCUCAUCCACUACCUCUACGUCUACAUCCACUCCUGCAUCAUGACGCUCUCCAUGAACCUACCAACAUCCUCUCUUCCAAGCAGGAAGCUGGACAGACCUCUAACUCUGUCCUCGAGCCCCGCUUUUGGGGACCUGAAAAUCGCCCUCGACCGCUGGCGCCAGAUUUAUCAAGUCGUCUCCUCUGCAUCAUCGUCCAAGUCAAUGAAGACCGCGGGCAUGUUCAGGAAUUGCUUCCACUUCUGGCUCGUUGCGCAAUUGAUCAUCACCAAAGAAGAAGCCGUCGAUGUCAUUACGGGGAUGGAGGUGAAUUGUGAUGAUGCACUCACCAAAUUGAAAGUGCUAUUUCAAAACGAAAACGAAAACGACAAUGAUCAGGAAUGA